CGCUGGUUACGCGUCGAUUCUUGUUGCAAGAGAUGUUCAUGACCGUGUAGUAGUUUAUUCUGUUUUUACUAUUGGAUGUUCUGAAAUAACCAACUGCUAGUGAAAGUUGUACAGAUAAUAUUUAAUUUCCAAGUUUGUGUUCUUAAACGUGCACGAACAGCGAAGUUUAGGUUAUUCUAAAUUGCGUUGAUUCACAAUGUAAGGUUAUGUUUCUCACUGUCUUUUGUCAAACAUUUUUAAUAUUUCACCAGCUAGUGAAAAAAUAAUUUACAACAAAUCAAACCAAGAAUGGCAGAGAAAUUGGUGUCACUGGAUGAUAAUGAAACAUGUAAACAGUACGUAAUCCCUUCCAAUGAAGAAAUAAUCAAUGAAUUGACCAAAGAACUAGACUGUGCAAAUAUUAAGUCUGCAGCAGAAAAUGAUGGUAAUGUUAAUAAAUGCGACGGACGAAAAUUAGAUCAUGAGGGCAAUAAUGUGGACAGUUCCGAGGAAGAGGUCACAGCUGGUGUUUUUGAGAAUAAAGCCGACAACGAAGAAAAUCAUGUCAAAGUUGACGAUGAUUUCAUUGACGAAGAAGCCUUGAAGGACCUUGAGAUUACAUACAGUGUGGAGGAGAAGGAGAGAUUGCAAAGGGAAGCAGAAACAUGCAAGUCAAAAGGAAAUGAACAGUUCAAGGCUGGUGACUACCAAGGAUCAGCACAAAGCUACACAUUGGCAUUGAGGACAUGCCCCUUAACUUUUGACAAAGAUCGUGCAGUUAUGUAUUCAAAUCGUGCUGCUGCCAAAGUGAAAUUGGGUUUGAAACUGUCUGCUAUUGAAGAUUGUUCCAAGGCAGUUGAAUUGAAUCCUGCCUAUUUGAAAGCAUACUUCAGACGUGCACAGUUGUUAGAAGAGACAGAAAAACUAGAUGAAGCUUUGGCUGAUUAUCAGAAAGUCCUUGAACUGGAUCCACUCUAUAGAGAAGCCUUAUAUGCAAGCAAGAGAUUGUCUGAACAGAUACAUGAGAGGAAUGAACACAUGAAAACAGAAAUGUUAGCAAAGUUGAAGGACUUGGGUAAUAUGAUAUUACGUCCUUUUGGCCUCUCAACCAGCAACUUUCAAGUCACACAGGACCCAAAUAGCGGAGGAUAUUCGGUUAAUUUUCAACAGGCACCUCAGUAGAAGUUUAUCAUUUCAUUACUCAAGAGUAUUUAUCUGUGAGUGAAGAAAUAUUAUAAUGAUUACCAUCCCAGGUUUUCUGUAUGUUCAUAUUCAGUCUUUCACAAGAAGCAGUUACAGAAUUGUAAUUCAGUAAGAAAACUUAUUUAAGAAUUGCAACCAAAAUUAUAUUAAGUAUUUGAUUUUAUUAGUCUUACCAGCUGUCAUGUUUCUGUUUAUUUCUUUAAAACAUAAGUUCUAUGUGUACUAUUUUAUUUUUAAAUACAUAUAAAAAUAUUUUGAAA